UCUUUGUCAAGUGACAGCGAUACAGAUACGAGUGAUUUGGGUGAUUUAAACUAUGAUUCUGACUCUGAAAGUGACAAUGACAACGAUGAUGGAGAUGUAUAUACCGAAUGAAGUUAAUGACACGAAGGAAUACAUAAUCCGUUCCAAAUUUCAGAAUGACACUUGCGGGUGUAAGGAGUUUUAUGGAAUGCCAUGUAGCACGAAAAUUGACUUUGAUGCAGCAUGUGACUUUCGUGAUCAUUGUCUGCAGUGAGCUCUGGAAGAACUUGACACUAUAAUCAAAGUUGAAAUGUUUGCACACAGGCGAUCUGGGUCUGUCACACAGUCAAAGAAACACAGUGAAAAAAAGAAAAAUACCAUUUCAGGAGUACUAUUUCAAUAGAUGUAGAGUAUGUCAUACAACGUUUUGUUUUGUACAUGCUGUUGAAAGACCUGUGUCAGCUUUUUCAGCAUUUCUCUCGUAAACUUUCUACAGUUUCGAAUAUGAAAGAUGAGGAAAAGGAAGAAAUCCUUUCUACACACAGCAUAUGUUUUCCAAGCUAAACUGCAACGGGACUACUACAGACACCAGUGUACCACCAGCAAGGAAGCGUUUGUUUCCUUACCAGAGAAAUGUAAACAAACAAGAAAUGCUCCAUGCUCAGUUGAUAUGGAAAUGCACUAUUCCUGGGACUAUGCACAACAAGUGCAUUUUCCUCAUCAUGCCCAACAAGUGGGACCAAUAUUUUUCAAGACGCCCCAGAAAUGCAAUGUGUUUGGUGUAUGUUGUGAGAGUUCAGGACUCCAUAUUAUUGUGGAAUAUUCUAUGAUGGUAGAAGGACACAUUAAAUUUGAUCCUGACUGUCUCCUGGAAGAUAAGAAUAUCCUUCCCUCCCUAAAUGAUCCUCUGCCUCAAGAAAUCCCAGCACCUGGUCUUGAGCCCAAGAGGCAAUGGUACCUAUAUGAGGAAAUCCGUGAACAUUGUCUAUUACUCUCCGCUAAAGACACAUCAUGUCCAAAACUAGUCGUAUCAAAGAAAGAGGUGAAAGUUUAUUCUCCUGAUCAUUCCACGUCACACUUGGGGAAAAGGAAGAUUCUUCUAAUUAAAGAUGAAGGGGAAGAUUAUUGUUUGUGA